AUGCGUUGUAAUCCAGAAUACAGAGUUCUUGAGAGAGGAGUGAUGAUGGAGAGAAAGAAGAUAAAACCGAUGGAAGGGUACCCGACCGGUUACCGGUUCUGCCCAUCCGAGAACGACCUCUUCUUCCUUUACCUCUCGAAGAAGGUGGAAGGGGAUUCGGAGGCCAUUCCUCCUUUCAUGCCCGAGGUCGACAUAUAUGGGGAUGACGAUCCUUGGGAGAUCUUCGAUGCGGACUCACAGGAAAGUUUCCACGUCUUCACUAGGUUGAAGAUCAUCAAGUCUAGGGUGAAGAGGACCGCCGGUUCCGGGAUUUGGAGCAACGGAAAUAAGCGAACAAUCGUGGACAGUCGAGGCGACACUGUCGGCUACUCACUUUCAAGUCAUUGA